AUGUCUCGAGAGUUAUAUAUCGACCAAUAUACAUCAUUCUCUAAAUUGGUGACGACGGAAGAAAUUGUCAAGCGCCUCAACGAGAACUUUUUGCUGAAGAGCUCAGAGCUUCUCGACGUUAUCGUCCCCGCAUUUGUUCAAGACAAAUUUGACUUAAAGAAGUACACGAAACUAUGUCAGUACCUUGACGCGUUUACUUUUGCGUAUGGGUCUAUAACAACUGCACACGCAGUAGCAUUGAUAUUCAUCGGACUCGACAUCAACGGGAAUAUGAUGCUGAAGAUAUCUGACGCGAAAAAGUACUUCCUUUCUGUCACUCCAAAAGAGAAAGCAAAACAAGUGAAAAAAUUGGUUGAUGCGGCGAACGCUACAAGCGACAACUAUUAUUCAAUAGAUGAAUUCUUAGCAGUCUACCAAGUUGUAAAAGAGUCAGUGCUGGACAAGGAAGUCAUCACUGCAAUCGUUAACACUUGGUCAUUUGCCAUUCUCUUCUCUCAGUUUGCAAAUGGACAGAACUACUUGACCGACGAGAACGCAGUCAAAGCUAUUCAAAAGCAAUUUUCAAUCACAAACGCAUCGGUGUUGAGUGUCGUCGUUAAGUUGGUCGAUACGAGUAAAGUCCACAAAUUCAACCAAAGCGAGUUCACGUACUUGUGCAGUCAGAUUCUGUUUGUCACGCAAAAGGUCGGGACAAGCAACUUCUCCUUGAACGUCGUCGCGUUCAGGAUAUUAGACAUCAACUGCUCUGGAUUUUUAAACCCAAAGGAAUUCUCACGCUUUUUGAGGAAGUCUGGACUCGACACGAAAAAAGAGUCUGUCAAAGAAACAAUUAAAAAGUUGGACACCAACGGAGACGGUGUUUUACAAAUCGACGAGUUCAUAGUGCUGACGAACGGACUGUCAAAGUCGGAUGUUCCAAAAUACUUUUUGAAUAAUUUGGUUGCGAAGUCACAAAGCGACUUGAAAUUUGAUUCGGUGCAACCGCAGAACCAAUUGAAGAAUGUGAGGACGUUACAAAGCGAGAAAAAGGAGUGUUCAAAAUUAAUUCGCAAGACAGUCGAAAGGCCUGAAUUUGUUGCGAUGUUUAAAGAGUUGUGUCCAAGCGAGAAAAUGGAUUUACCAACACUCAAAAUUGCGAUUGAAAAGGUCAUUGGGGAGAGUAACACAAAAGCACUGAAGGGUGCAAUGGAAGUCAUUUUUAAAGUCGGGAACAUCGACUGCGAUGAUAAACUUGAUUGCGAUGAAUUUGUCAUAUUGAUAAGUGCGAUAGAGCAAUGUAUGAGAGGAAAGGUCAUUGAAGAGCGCGACAUGUAUGAAGUCUUUUUCCAUAUUGCUGAUGGGGAUCAUGACGGGCUGAUUGAUUGCAACGAAUUAGCAUUUUUAGUGCAACAGAUAGAUGGAACUACUUUGUCACACGAAGACGCCGAAGAUUUAGUUCGAUCAUAUGACGAGGGUGGGAAGAACCAACUGUCUUUAGAUGAAUACAUGUGUUACUUCAUGCAAUUGGACCAAGUCAAGUUGGAUGAUACAGAAGAAGAAAAGGACAGAAAAGCCAAAAAGCAGAUCAAAAAGACGUUCCGCUUGAUAGACAAAGACUCUUCGAAUUCGUUGGAGCUGUCUGAAGUAGUCAAGUACAUCGUUUCCAUCGUUGGAGAACUACCCGAAACGAAUUACAUGUGUUUGAAGGCGAUGUUUUAUGUGUGUGACGAGAAUAAAGACGACAAACUCUCCGAAUCGGAGUUCAUUCAAUUCUUCUGCUUGUUCGAGUAUUACAUCGACGACGAUGGGCAAUUUGAUUUGGACUCAAUAUACAUCGAGUUAUUCUCAAUGAUGGACAAAGACAAGACAGACAAGCUUUCCAAAAAGGUGAUCACCGAGUUUCUUGGGAAGAUAGGCUGGAAAGAAUCUGCGAUCAACUUCAUGGAAAAGUAUGACAGCGACCACAGCGAUUCUAUCGGCCUUAAUGAGUUUGUCCUCGCUUUUUGUGGCAAGAACAUAGACACUGACGAUAUUUGA